CGUAGUACAACCACAGCUCGAAACAGUCUUCUGAAGACGUCGCGCGCGUGUUUGUCGAUAUCAUUGCACAUCCAUAUCCACAACGCGUGUUUUCCACCAACUUAGGUCGUGUCCGUAAUUUUCACCGCAGUUCAGCGCUGGUCUUGCACUGGCAUUCGCCCUCUACGAAAAUCACGUCCCAGACGGUUAUGCGCUGCUGUUAGAAGCGAUCGAUACGACCACUAGCUGACCAACCACGAGAAACAACGAAAUGAAACCGAACAUGUGUGUAACGUUACUCUGGUGUUUGGCAUUCACCGUGUCGGCCUUCGGACAAACAGAUGUUAAUAGCUUUUAUACCAUCGUUGGCCCGAAGAUCUUGCGUCCAAAUUCGGAAUAUCAUGUAGCAGUGAGUACACAAGGAACAACAUCACCAACCACGGUAGUCGUGGACGUUGGUGGAAAGCAAGAUAGCGGAGGUGUUUUAAAAGUUACACAAUUCGUCAAAGUCGAUCCAUUUUCGACGAGAAUAGUUCGACUUGAAAUCGGGGACGUUGGCCCUGGUAAUUACAAUCUGACUGCUCGAGGUUCGGGUGGUUUAGAGUUUUUCAACACCACAACACUCGAAUACGUUCACAAGAGUUAUUCGGUAUUCAUACAAACUGAUAAAGCUAUCUAUAAACCAGGACAUAAAGUACAGUUUAGAGCAAUUGUGUUGAAUUACCAUUUGAAACCGACAGUUACGGGAGCUUUGGACAUUUAUAUUACGGAUGGCCAAGGCAAUCGUGUGAAACACUGGAGCAGAGCACUAACUACGCGGGGAGUUUUUUCUUCAGAACUUCAAUUAUCUGAGUCACCAGUGCUGGGUGAUUGGAACAUUGUCGUUACCGUACUGGAUCAAGUAUUUCAAAAAUCAUUCUUGGUGGCCGAAUACGUUUUACCCAAGUUUGAAGUGACAAUCGAAGUACCUGAACACACUACGUUUAAGCAAUCUGUUGUGUCUGCUACCAUUCACGCUAAAUACACGUACGGUAAGCCCGUUAAAGGAGAGGCAACUGUUUCAGUGUACCCAGAAUACUACAGUGAUCUCAUACAACCUAUAUACCAAAACCCGUUAAGAAAAGUCGUACCGAUUAAUGGCAAAACGGUUGUACAAUUUGAUGUCGUUAAAGAUCUUAAUCUAAACGACGAAUUCAAACGAAUUAUCACUUUCGAUGUCACUGUCGAAGAAGCUCUCACGGGCAGGUCUCAGAAUACAUCGGCUAACGUUAUGUUUCAYAACCACAAAUACAAAAUGGAUCUCAUCAGAACGUCAGAAUACUUCAAGCCCGGACUCAAAUAUACGGCUUUCAUAAAAAUUAGUAAUCACGAUGGCACUCCAGUAUACGAUGACAGAAAUCCAGUCAAAGUUUGGCACGGAUUCUCACACGAGACCGAAAACUUAGAUGAAAACAAACUCAUGUUACCUAGAAAUGGUUUGAUUCCAUUAAUCUACUAUCCGCAAAUCAAUGCAUCAGUAAUCGUUAUUGAGGCGGAGUACUUAAACCAGAGAGAAUCGUUAUCGACGAUCUUACCAGCCCACUCAACCAGUAAUACGUUUGUGCAAGCUACCGUUCUGACUGAACGCCCUACGGUCAACAAAGAUGUGGAAAUACAAGUGAACUCAACGGAGAGUCUGCAGUAUAUAACUUACCAAGUUCUUGGUAGAGGUGAUGUAAUCGUAGCUAGUACCGUACAGAUUCCUAACGCGGGCCAGCACACAGCCGUUAUCCGAUUCUUGGCCACGUAUGCCAUGGCACCUACCGCCCACGUGAUUGUACAGUUCGUUAAGGAUGACGGCGAGGUAGUCGCCGACGCCAUUGACGUCGAACUCGAUGGAGUGUUGCAAAACUAUAUUAACGUGGAUGUGAGUCGUGAAGAGGUGGAGCCUGACACCUCGGUAGACAUAAAUUUCGAAUCCAAACCGAAUUCGUAUAUAGGCGUUACUGGAAUCGACCAAAGCGUUCUAUUACUAAAGACCGGUAACGACAUAUCACACGACAACGUAUUAGACGAACUUAGAACUUACGACAACGGUGAACAUUCCAAUUACAUGCCAUAUCUCAGAGAAUCAUUAGAUAGACGAUCAAUGUUUUGGUGGCCGGGUUCGUAUACCGCUCACCAAGCGUUCGAUAAAUCUGGAGCGACCAUAUUGACCAACGCUUUCGUCAAUGAUUAUAAUCCUUGGGUGGCACCAAUCGGCCAAAGUCCAAAAUUAGUGGUUCAGAUCCAGAUGCCUGUUCAACCGGUUGUGAAACCGUACAUCGGGCCAGGCGCCGUUGUACAACCAGUGACGCGGCCGCCAUUAGCCGGCCCGUACGCGUUCUCCCGCAUACCAGCACCAGUGUGGAACAAGCCACGUGUCUUCCUAACACAUGCCCUUCAGGAUACUUGGCUAUUCACUAAUUUAUCCACAUGGCAAGACGGACGAGUUUCYUUGAAAUCUACGGUGCCGGAUACGAUCACGUCAUGGGUGAUCACUGCGUUCUCAGUCGACUCACUCUACGGACUCGGUCUUCUUGAUUCGCCCAAAAAGCUUAAAGUAUUUAGACCAUUUUUCAUUUCCGUCGACUUGCCAUACUCAGUGAGAAGAGGUGAGUAUGUUUCCAUACCGGUAGUGGUGUUUAAUUACCUCAACAAAGAUGUCACGGCUGACGUGACUUUAGAAAAUAUUGGWCAGUUCGACUUUGCUGAAACCUCCAAUGAUGUCCGAGAUUCAAAAUUGGAAUUGUACAAACGGAAAUCUUUAACUAUCAAAUCUAAUAGUGGAAGCCCAACAUCGUUCCUAAUACAAACCAAAGAUUUAGGUUACAUAAGCAUUAAGUUGACCGCUACCAGUAAAUUGGCUGGUGAUGCUAUAGAAAAGAAGUUGUURGUGAAGCCUGAAGGAGAAACCAUUUAUAAAAACAAAGCAAUCUUUGUCGAUCUCAGGAAAGAAUCAUCGUUUGAAAAAAACAUUACUUUAGAAAUUCCCAACAACAUUGUACCAGACUCUGAAUUCAUUGAAAUCGGAGCUGUUGGUGAUAUUUUGGGACCAAGCACAAUGAAUUUAGCAUCUUUGAUCCAAAUGCCAUUUGGAUGUGGUGAACAAAACAUGUUGAAUUUUGUACCUAAUAUCGUCAUUCUGGAUUACUUGAAAAACACGAAACAAUUGACGACUGCAGUUGAAACAAAAUCGUUGAAAUAUAUGGAAACUGGGUACCAACAAGAAUUAACGUACCGUAGAUCAGACGGUUCUUUUAGUGCUUUCGGAUCAGCAGAUGCCAGUGGCAGCACGUGGUUGACCGCUUAUGUUGUCAAAUCAUUCAGACAGGCAAUGUCAUACAUACCAAUUGAAGAAAAAAUCAUAAUCGAAGGCCUACAGUGGUUAUCUAAUAAUCAGGCGAACAAUGGUAGUUUCCCGGAAGUGGGCUAUGUAAGUCACAGUGACAUACAGGGAGGAUCCUCCAAAGGACUAGCGCUCACCGCCUACACACUUAUAGCAUUUUUGGAAAACCAAAAGGCCACUCCAGUUUACCGAAAUACAAUUAAUAGAGCCGUAGAAUAUGUAGUAAGAAACUUACCGGGAGUAGAAGAUCCGUACGCAAUCGCCAUAUGCUCGUACGCAUUACACUUGGCCGAUCAUCCGGAGAAAAACGUAGCUUUUAACCUACUUGAAUUGAAAGCUAAUACUGCUGAUGGGAAAAAAUGGUGGAAACGAAUGGAUCGUGCUAACGAUAAAAAAAAUCCAUGGGUCCAAGAGCCUAAUUCAGUUGACGUAGAAAUGACUGCAUAUGCCUUGUUGACCUAUUUACAAAGAGAACUUGUAGAAGAUGGUUUGCCGAUACUACAUUGGUUGGUGUCUCAACAGAACGAUCAAGGAGGGUUCGCUUCUAGCCAGGACACGGUGAUAACGUUGUAUGCUCUUUCUCAAAUGGCCGAGCGAAUUACUCCUGGUACUUUAAAGUUAUCUGCCACAUUUUCUUAUAUGAGAAAUGGACAAUCUGAACUAAAAGUAACCAAAGAUAACGCUAUGGUGUUGCAGUUGAUUGAACUUCCUAAACGUACUCGUACGUUGAACGUGACAGCCACCGGUACUGGAUUCGCCGUUAUCAAAGUAUCUUACAGAUACAAUGUAAAUGUUACUGGCGCUUGGCCACUAUUUUCACUGGAUCCGCAAGUGGAUAAGAACUCGAACGCCAAUCACCUUCAACUUUCUGUUUGUUCUGGUUUCCGAGGGGGCAAUGACAGCAACAUGGCAGUAAUGGAAGUAACACUACCUUCGGGUUUCACCGUGGAUAACGACGCGUUGCCCAGCCUCCGAUUGUCCAACAACAUCAAACGUAUCGAGACCAAAGAUGGAGAUACCGUCGUCAUGUUAUACUUUGACAAGAUGAUGGCUAAAGAAUACUGUCCGACUAUAUCAGCGUUCCAAACACAUAAAGUAGCCAAUCAAAAGCCAGUGCCUGUCACCGUAUACGAUUAUUACGAUCAGUCGAGGCGUGCCAGAGUUUUCUACGCACCGAGAAGAGCGACUCCAUGUGAAAUAUGUGAAGAUUCCGACUGUAACAAAAUAUGUGUGCAAACCGAUAACCCCAAAUCCGGUGCUACGUCACAGUUCCGUAACAGUUUGCAGUUUACGUUCAUCAUCGCUUCAAUUUCAAGCAUCCUACUCGUUCAAUAUUUUAACUGAUAUGAAAUGUACAAAAAAAAACAUAUUUUUUUAUAUACGUUAUAUUCAUAUACAAUAUGCGUAAUAAUGAAGAAAGUAAAUCGGUAGAUUUUCACAAUAUUCCUAUUUUGUCUACAUAUUUAUAUUAUUUUUGAUUGUUAAAAACUCAACACAUAUUUGUAUGUACUUAUGGAUUYGCUUUGCAUGCAAUUUACUUAAUAUUAUUUUUAUUUAAGUUUUUAAAUGUCCAUUAACUUAUUUAUUUAUAACACAUUAUUAUU